AUGAGAUGGGUGCUCCUUCCGCUCCAGAUCCUUGCUACUGUCCGGCCCGCUCGCGCCAUAGUUGAUACUUGCGACGUUUGCGGAAGACACCCCUUAGUGCCAAGACAUGACCAGAGUGAGCAGGUGGUGAGCAGCACCAAUGCCCAGCCCGGGGCCUGGCCUUGGAUCGUCAGCUUGCAGCUACCAACGAUAACGGGGCACAAGCACACCUGCGGAGGGUCCCUUGUGUCCGGCCGGUGGAUCCUCACUGCAGCCCACUGUUUCGCAAACAAAAGAGACCUUCCGCACUGGCGUGCAGUGGUUGGCGCAUGGAGGCUUUCGUCGCUUGGCUCCGAGGUCCACGUGCGCUACAUCAAGCGAAUAGUAAUCCAUGAGGACUACCAGAGGAACACAGAGACCAGUGACAUUGCCCUGAUGGAGCUAGAUCAGCCCGUGAAAUGCAGCGACUACAUCCAACCGGCUUGCUUGCCUGACACGACCGUCACCGUGUCUCUCUUAACCCACUGUUACAUCAGCGGCUGGGGCAUCCUAGGAAAAGCUGCAGCCAGGGAGGUGUCUGACGUCAUGCAUGAAGUGAAGGUCAGCCGCUUCUCGGUCGCUCAGUGCAACAGCAGCGACUGGUACAACGGAGCCAUUGAGAACCACACCCUGUGUGCAGGUUACGAGGAAGGAGGAGCUGAUAUCUGUCAGGGAGACAGUGGUGGCCCCCUCAUGUGCCAGGAAGAUGGCUCUCAACUGUUUUGGAUCAUUGGAGUCACAAGCUGGGGGCAGGGCUGUGGGAAAGCACACAAGCCAGGCGUCUAUACUGCCACCCAGCACUUCUAUUCGUGGAUAAAGCAGUUAGCAGGCCCAAUGCCUCAGCCCCCACCCACGCCCAUGCCCAUCCCCACAAUCAAGAUUGUUCUCCAGAUUUCUCAUCUGGAGACCCAAAGCCCCAAAGCUGAAACCCCAUCCCAAAAGCUACCUGAAGCUGAGCUUGAAGUCCCACCCAUAAUUGAAACCUCACGGAUUGACAGCACAGUGGCUAAAUUCUUCCGAAUGAUUCAGGAGUUCUUGCACAUCGUAAAGAAGGAGAAAGAUGCCGUGUGGGUGUGGCCCAAACUGUCGGAGUUGAAGCUCAUCAAGGACACAGGUGUGGCUUCUCUGAAGGAGUCAGAGAGCCCACCAGCUACAGAUUUGCCUGCUGAGCCUGGGGGUCCUUGCCAACUGAAGGGAAACCCCAGCAUGCUUUUGGCACGCGGGUGCCCCACCCGAGUUGAAAAGUCUUAG